CGAGUUCAAGAGCCGGGGCCGGUGACGGGUUGGAAGGGUUUUCAUGGUUCCGUCUGCAAGAUGCAUCCAGAUUUAUCGCCGCACCUGCACACUGAAGAAUGCAACGUAUUAAUCAACCUGCUCAAGCAGUGUCACAGAGAGCACAACGUCCUGAAGUUUUUCGGUCACUGCAACGACAUGGACCGGGAGAUGCGGAAAUGCCUGAAGAAGGAGUACCAAGACAAGAGAGCCAAGAGUCAGGCGUUUGGGAGGGAGAUGCAGCGGAGGCUCAUGAACGCCACAGAAGAGUCGAAGAAUUAAGCCACGCCGGAGAGCGGGGCCCAAAAGUUGAAAGAAAACACGGACGUUGGGCCGAGGGCUUAAAGAUGGCCUUCAUUUGGAUGAAGAAAGCGAUUUUCCCGCUGGUUAAUGCCGGUAAUAAAAAUAGGCACCGUUGGGCUGCCCGGGUAUUUUGAA